CCAUCAUGGCGGACAUGAAGAUUUACCGUGUGUUUGGAGGAAUCGCAAUAUUGAUGGCUAUAGCAAUAGCUGUCACUGUAAUGAUUGAUCUGGAACCAAAAAAGAAGAUGAUACUUUUCAGAAUUCAAUUCCUUUUAAUAUUUUGUUUCAUACUUGGUGCUAUGUCGCGUUAUGUUUGGAUUAAUCUAAUCGUAUUACUUCCAAACCGGCAUUCGAACUCACGAAAGUUAGUCUACACUCACUGGAUUAUGUACAUUGUUUUCGCUGCUUUCCUUGGGCUGGCUUUCUUCAGUUUUGUCAUUGGUCGAAUGCUUAUCGGUGUAGAGCCUUAUUUUAUCAACAAACUGGCGUUUGCGUGUCUAGGUCUUCUUAUUUUGAUUUUCUUUAAUUUGUUGUUACUAAGCGUUGUUUUUGGAUUGUUACGACUGUGCAACUUCACAAUUCCUAAUGCUGACAAGUGGAAAACCAUAAUAGCUACAGUUUUGUCUUUACUUCUUUGCAUACAAGGGUUAACUACGGCUUACAAAGGGCCAGUGUUCAAACGGGUGACUGUUCCUCUCUCUAAACUACCGCCAUCUUUUGAUGGGACAACAGUAGUACAACUCUCAGAUAUUCACCUCGGGCCAUUAAUUGGAUUAGAUGCCCUCGAAAGAGUUGUGAAGAUGGUGUCUGCUACAAAGCCGGAUAUUGUAGUCAUCACAGGUGAUCUGGUAGAUUCCACUGUGGCAAACUUGAAAAAAGUCGUAUUACCUCUCAAGAGGCUGAGAUCAAAAUACGGAUCAUACUUUGUUACAGGAAAUCACGAAUAUUACACUGGAGAUACUGAUGCAUGGCUUGAAGAACUCAAACAACUUGGAAUUCAACCUCUUCACAACUCGCAUGUUGUUAUUUCAAACAAAGUCAGUCCUGAAGACAAGUUAUACAUUGCUGGAGUAGAUGAUCCAGAUGCCAACCGUAUGAAGUAUCAGAACCAUGGUAUGAAGCUCUCACAGGCCCUAAAUGGCAGAUCCAGAAGGUUUCCCACAGUCCUCUUGGCACACCAACCAAAGGCUGCCCAGCAAGCAUUGGACAAAUAUCAGGACAUUGAUCUUAUAUUGUCUGGUCACACUCAUGGAGGACAGUUUUUUCCCAUGAACAUACCUAUAUAUUUUUUUAAUCCAUUUUUUUCUGGUCUUUAUAAAUAUAAAGAAACUUAUGUUUAUGUUACUUCAGGAACGUAUUUUGCUGCUGCACCUUUGAGAAUUGGUUCACAAGCAGAGAUAACUGUUCUUUCGUUAACUACAACAAGAUAAUGAAUUUUUCAUUUGAUCAGUUACCAAAGUGGGGAGCCCCCUUCAGAUAUUAUUGCUGGUGAAGCAGUUUCAAGGACAGGUGAAUCACCAUGAUUCUUAAGACAAUCACAUUUGUCUAGUUGAUAGUCAAGAUAACAAUUGUCCCAACUUCAGCCUUUCACCUCCUCCCCUUGGAAUGUUUGGCAUAAAGAGAUUUCUCCAUUUGGUAGUAUCUUUGCCACGUGGAACAUCCCAAGGGUCUUUUACCCUGGUACUUGACUGAUUUUUACCAAAAUAGUUUUAUUAAUUCUAAUGCAUAAAAGUAUUUGGUAAUGGUAAUGCUUGGCUUAAUUUCUCAACACUUGCCCACAUAGUGUACCCAUUUAUCACAUUUUAUGCUGUUAUCAGUUUAAACCUUCAAUUUGUGGAUUUUUAUUGCAGUUAUUAAAAGUUACCCCUAGUAUAA